AUCAGCAGGGGAUAUUAUGACAUUUACUGCAGCCGCACCUACUGCUCUCUGUGAUGCGGUUACAUUAAAGACUAGAUCAUGAAGGAAGUAUAGAACAUAGCAGCAGUAAUUCCCGUUGAUAAAAGGGAUGGGAAGUGGCAAUUCACUUCCAGCGGUGAGCUAAUUCCCGAAGAGAAUUUUAUCGAAAUUUGCAGUAAAAAAAUUGCUUACAAGAGAUGCUGAGCUCCUAAAGCAUACUUGCGAGGGAGUGUUGCCCAAGAAGAAAACGAACUUCAACAUCUGUCUUGUUACUCUGUUGCAGCAACCCAGUGGCAAAAUGAGAGUACAAAUCAAAUUUAGAGCAUUAAAUUCCUUGCAAAAUCACAAGAUACAGGCUGAUACUACCACAUUUAUGAACAUG